AUUCUCUUUAAGAAGCUUCUAUUACUAAACAGGAAGAGUUAAAUGGCUCCACCACCUCCUUCACCGCCGUCCGUUAUGUUUAGGACAGUGCUCCUCCUCCUCAGGGUUUUGACGGCGGCUUUCCUCGUUAUAACGGUUGCCCUUGUCAGCACCAACACCGUCACCCUCGAUAUUCAAGGAACGUCUAUAAAAAUGCAUUUUAACGAUGUUUAUGCUUAUAGAUACAUGCUUGCGGCCGCCGUCAUCGGGCUAGGUUACGCCGUUGUACAACUGGUCUUCACAAUCUCCCAAUUCGCCACAGGAACUAUACAUCCUUUUAACUAUCUGUUCAGUUUUUAUGGCGAUAAGAUUAUAUCAUAUUUACUUGCAACGGGUUCGGCAGCUGGAUUUGGAGUGAGCAAAGAUUUGAAAGAUACAUACUUAGCAUUAAUAGAUUUUGAUUCAACAGAUCCAGUGGAUAACUUCUUCAGUAAAGGAUACGCAUCAGCCAGUCUUCUUCUCUUUGCUUUCGUCUCUCUUGCCGUUUUAUCAGUUUUCUCAUCUCUUGUUCUUUCCAAACGACCAAUUCAAGUCUCAUAAAUACACGUAUCAUUUUAACCGUGUAUGCUUUCUUCAUCAUGAUUCAUGCAUGCUUUCUCCCACCAAUCGUGGAAUUUGAUCAGAUUAUAUAUAUGCUUUUCAAGAUGUAUUGGUUACGUUACCAAAAUAAAAGAUUCUUAAUUUUGACAAGAAGGUCUCAUUGUUAUUUCUGGUUUACUAUU